AUGGAGGUCACAGUGACGAAAUGCGAGGAGCAGGACUGUGACUGUGACCUCCACUACUACUACGAUGCCUACACAGUGUUCGUCGGAGAGCAUCGCAUCCUCACCAUCUCCACCGCCAACUACAUCACCACCACCAGAUGGAUCAAGGAAGUCCAGAAGACCUACCGCCACAAGCACGGACCUCUCAUUGUCGGCGUCUGCGUCGACCGCCAAAGCCUCAAUUUCACAAGCAAUGGCCUCGAAGACUCUCCCUACGAUCUCCUCCAACUCUGCAUUGGCUCUCACUGCCUCAUUUACCGCUUCUCCGACCCUUACUGUUACCGUAUCCCCAAAUCUCUCCAAGAGUUCUUCGAUGAUCGUCGAGUCAUCGCCGUUGGUAUGGACAUGGUCUCUGUUGCGAAGAAGCUCGAAAGGAACCACGAAAUCAAGGUUGCGAAUCCGAUGGAUUUGAAUUCUAUGGCGGUGAAGGGGCUGAGAAGAGACGAUCUGGAUCUACUGCACUACGGUCUCAAUCGACUGGCCAGGGUCGUGUUAGGGAAGCACGUUUACGUCUUUAGGCCUUGCCGAUACAAGGUGGAGUGGUUCCAGAAGUACGACGGGGGCAAUUACAACUGGUACAAUCCUCACCUUUCUCAUGAAAAGGUGAAAUUCGCAACGUCCGAGCCCUACCUUUGUUAUCUGAUCGGAUCUAAGCUUCUUGGUAUGAUGAACUGUUCAUCUUCGGCUUCUUCUUCAUCCUCGAAGAAGAAGACAAAGAAGAAGAACAGCAAGAAGAAGAAAUAG